AUGGCCAAGACCGGAUUCUGCGAUUCCAUGCCACUGCUGGACUUGCACAAGAAGGUGAGUUUGAAGUUGAAAUAGAAUGCGUAAAGUUUUGUAUAUUCGACGUCCUAUAAUGUGCCCAAACAUUUAAAUGCGCGCAGCACAGGUGAUCCACACCUGCGCGUUUGUUUAUUCCUUCCCAAGUAAAACAACUGAAUAUGAACUUUCUGGGUUUGGGUGGGAAUGGUUUCAUAGAAAAUGUGUAGCCCUUGAUCAUGACGCUCAGUUCCAUUACAUUACAGAUGUCAUUGGACGAAGGUAUCUUCUGUACGGGGGAGAUUUGUUAAGCGUGUUUUCACAUAUAGUCGUCUUAAAAUAACCGAUCUCAGACCUUUUUAGUAUAUUCUGGCCUUCUGUAGCUCAGUUGGUAGAUCAUGGCGCUUGCAACGCCAGGGUUGUGGGUUCGUUUCCCACGGGGGGCCUGUAUGAAAAAUGUAUGCACUCACUAACUGUAAGUCGCUCAGGAUAAGAGCGUCUGCUAAAUGACUAAAAUGUGAAGGUAAAAAAAAAACAUGAAAAGGCAAAAUAACUAGUUUUUUUGUACUGCCUUUGAAUUAGGACUCAACUCUUUUGCCAGUUCACAUUACCUUUUUUUAUGCCUCAGUCCUCUUUGCAUUCACAUUGCUAUGUUUAGAAACGAACCAAGCUCUUUUUCCAACAUUCACUCAAUGCACUCCGGGUUUUUACUAAGUGCAGGACAAGCCAUUCCAUCAGAACGUGUUAUUGAACAGCUAUAUAUAGCCUACCUAAUUACAUUUAGGAAGCUAAUAGAUUGCAUUUAGUUAAAAGAUGAGACAUAACAAUUUUAAUCAGAAGCUACUAUUAACUUGUAAAUAUUAUUGGUUACAGAAUAAAUAGCAGAAUAACAACUGCAGAUUAAGGCUACUGCCCCUUUAAGAGCUAUAAUUGAUUUUGUACCAUAUGUUGUGAUUCUCACCAACUAUGUUGUCUUCUCACACUAUUCAAACGCCACAAUCGAAUAAUCAGAUUAUGACGCUGUCUUGGCCUAUAGAUCAAAUACUGCAAACAAAUAAUCUUUACUACAAACGUUUUGUACAAUCACUCAUGUGUGGUGCAGGAAUAAUGACAAGCGCACCUGGGAAGCUUUGUGUGCACAUUGCCCUAAAAAAGGGAACCGGACCGAGAAAUUCAAGCGAACCAAACUCAGACCACCUUUCGAGAUGGUCUCAGUUCGGUUGGCUACGGGGGCUCUUUUGAGCGGUCUGAGUUCCUUUUGUAGUGUUCACACUGAACAUACACUUAAGCGAAUCGCACUGAGUACAAAAAUUGGCUGAAAGGGACCAAGUGUGAACACCCUAACACACAUUGCUUGUGGUACGGUUUAUGAAACAUAAAUACCUUUCAUAUCCGCAAUAAAUACUUUUCUAAAAACAAAAGGUUAAAUUGAUACACACCUAUAUAGGGUUAUGGUUUCUACAUGGCCAUAUUUCCAUGUCACAGCGCUUGUUGGUGGAAAACAGACGGAAGACUGAGGUGACUACCUUGUGUUAAUUAACUACAGUAUCUGCAUAUCCGAACACCUGUGUAAACGGAUGACGGACGCCACAAACAUGUCGUGACUAAAAAAUACUGUUGGCUGCAACUGUGUACAGUAAGAGUGUAUUUUGCAUUUGUAAAAUAAUUUUGAUGUGAUAUAAAAGUAGAGGAAUUUAUGUUUCUAGAACCGCAAUUGAAAAUUGGUUCACGUUUAGAUGGAGUAUUUGGCUGUUUUGGUGUGCCUAUUAUAGAAAAAUAAAAAUAAAGCCUUUUACAAACAUUUCAUGCAAUUCUACGUACUUUUUACAUAUUAGCGGAUUUUUUUUAUUAUCCCACACAAAUUACCUAAAUUACAGGCUAAUAAUGGACAGAGAUACUUAAAAACUUUAUGCCUACCUUGCCACCCCAGGCAGAGUACGCCUACCGACGCAGACAAAUGUAAGCUUUAACUGCUGGCUACUCUUCUUCCAUGACAUAACCCAACGAGAGAAGGUCACACGUGUUUCCCUAAAACCUGUCUGGGUUUUGUUAAGUUGCGUCAAUUCAAAUCUGGUAUAGGAACAAAAGAGGUCAAUACACUUAUUCUAAAAUAGACUAGUAUUUUAAUUAAUGCAAACCACUUCAAUGGUAAAUAUGAUGUUCGUAUAUACGGGUCCACUGAAAUACCACGCAGGGCACUCAGAGAACUAAGCCAUUGUUAUGAGUUCUUCUUAAAAUACUCUGACAGAGAUAGUUCCCGCUCCCUGCUGGCCAAUCAGAGUAGAGACUGAGCGUGGUUUAGACUUACUCAGCCAAUCGUUGGCGCACAGGCUGGUCCCAGUCCCUUGGCGCUCCACUGUUGCCAGGCAUAAGUUUGUUAUCAUCACAACCUGUAGAGUCAUCACCCAUAGACACUGUUCCCCUGUACUCCUUGUACCUACGUCCUUGGACGGUUCACAGAUCACAAAGAGGCAGUGUUCGUGUCUGUGAGAAAUACAAGUCUUAUCUCAUCCUACCCCCUAACGUUCCUCACAUGAAUCACAGCUUGUUAUGUGAAACAAUUUAUAUCAGUACAGUACAAACCUUUUAUGUUUAAUAAUUAAUGCAUUCUUUCUAAGCUAGUCAUCACAUCUAGAUCCCCACAGUUUAAACAUCUUCUAUUGUACAUAAAGUGAAUAGCUUAAUCAAUUAAUAGUGACAGAAUUAUACUGAACAAAAAUAUUAACUACCAUGCAACAAUUUCUACGAUUUUACUGAGUUACAGUUCAUAUGAGGAAAUCAGUCAAUUGAAAUAAAUAAAUUAGGCCCUAAUCUAUGGAUUUCACAUGACUGGGCAGGGGUGUAACAUAUGUUAAUCAUACUCUCCUUGCAUUGUGUUUAGUUCAAAGAAAUCACCCCAGCCAGUGGUCCCAGUUGAUCGUUUAUUUAUUAUCUGUGAUAAAAUAGGAAACAGCACGUUAGUUCUGCAGGGCUUAAUGAUGUUGAUGGCUGUCGAUUGUAAAAUAUGUAGCAUGAAAACUGUGUUAGCAGUGAGCUUAUGUGACCAUUACAUCGGUGCAUGCUAGCUAACACAUUUAUAUACAGCAAUCAUAUACCAAAGCACAUCCCAGAAAGCCCCUCAAUCCCUAACAGGUACCAUAUACCCACACAUGUAUGAAUCAGGAAUGUACAGCGAACUUGUACACAUUGUAAAAUAUAAAAAUGGAAUACAGUAUUCAGAACGUGACAUAUGCCUUGCAUCAUAUUUUCAUACUUGGGAGACCUGACGUUCGCGAUCUCCCCAUAUCUGCAAGCGGGGCCAAUAACAACACGCCUUAUUGUAAUCGGAAUUGAACCAACCAAUAAGAGUGCUUGAACAUUAAAUACACAUUUAUUUAAAGGCAAAUGGGUGGGCCUGGGAAGGCAUAAGCACAGGGGAGCCAGGCCCAGCCAAUCAGAAUGAGUUUUUCCCCACAAAAGGGCUUUAUGACAGACAGAAAUACUCCUCAGUUUCAUCAGCUCUCUGGGUGGCUGGUCUCAGACGGUCCCGCAGGUGAAGAAGCUGGAUAUGGAGGCCCUGGGCUGGCGUGGUUACACGUCUGCGGUUGUGAGGUCGGUUGGACGUACUGCCAAAUUCUCUAAAACAACAUUGGCUCAUGGUAGAGAAAUGAACAUUUAAUUAUCUGGCAACAGCUCUGUGGGACAUUCCUGCAGUCCACAUGCCAAUUGCAUGCUCCCUCAACUUGAGAUAUCUGUGGCAUUGUAUUGUGUGACAAAACUGUACAUUAUAGUGGCCAUUUAUUGUCCCCAACACAAGGUGCACCUGUGUAAAGAUCAUGCUGUUUAAUCAGCUUCUUGAUAUGCAGCACCUGUCGGGUGGAUGGAUUAUCUUGGCAAAGGAGAAAUGCUCACUAACAGGGAUGUAAACAAAUUUGUGCAGAACAUUUGAGAGAACUAAGGUUUUUGUGCGGAUAGAACAUUUCUGGGAUAUUUUGAUUUUGAAAAAUGGGACCAACACUUUUUACAUGUUACGUUUAUAUUUUUGUUCAGAAUAGAUCACCUCCCAAGCAAAGUCAGCCUCUGAAUGUCAAAGAAACGAAACAAUGAUAUCCCAAUAUGCAUCAGAUGUAAUGUAAGUUACUCGAAUCAGGCGUAUUGUGAAGUCAAUAAAUCUGAUAAAUGCAUCAUGGGCAAGAAACAUUGUUUUUAAUAAGAAUCAAUUAUAAUUUAGUAGUAGUAGCAAGCUAUCAAAGUUGACCUCCGGUGCGCUUUCUCAUCUUCGCGCUCUCCUUCUCAAACUGAACAGAACAAAGGCUACAGGCUAGUCUGCGCACAAGAUGGUGUAUUUUUUGGGGGGACUAGGACUAAUCCAAAACUAUUUUCGGAAGAAACCUUUGACUGUCCUCCUGAACUGUCACCGUAGCCCUACACAUCACAGCCAUUGGUUAAGAAGCACACACAAACUUUUUUUGAUCAGCAAGAGCAGAGCAGAUGGGCACAGGGUUGGAAUAUCUAUUGCAGUGGGUAAAUGCAGCCUAGUUUUAUUUACACCAUCCCAGCAUCUUAGAAAUACACCAUCUUAGAAAUAUAACUUUGAUCUGUGCUUCGUAGCCUAUGGAUCAUUUGAUUGAGACCACACAGGCGCACUUAAUAUUGCGCGCCCAGCGGUAAGUCUGAGAUGAGGGGCGGCAUCACUCACACAUUGAUAUGUAUGUACAGUACCAGUCAAAAGUUUGGACACACCUACUCUUUCAAGGGUUUUUCUUUAUUUUGACUAUUUUCUAAUUGUAGAAUACUACUGAAUACAUCAACUAUGACAUAACAUAUAUGGAAUUAUGUAGUAACCAAAAAAGUGUUAACAAAUUUAAAAUAUUUUAUAUUUGAGAUUCUUCAAAUAGUCACCCUUUGCCUUGACAGCUUUGCACACUUUUGGCAUUAUCUCAACCAGCUUCACCUGGAAUGCUUUUCCAACAGUCUUGAAGGAGUUCCCACAUAUGCUGAGCACUUGUUGGCUGCUUUUCCUUCACUCUGCCGUCUGAUUCAUCCCAAACCAUCUCAAUUGAGUUGAGGUCGGGGGAUUGUGGAGGCCAGGUCAUCUGAUGCAGCACUCCAUUACUCUCCUUCUUGGUAAAAUAGCCCUUACACAGCCUUGAGGUGUGUUGGGUCAUUGUCCUGUUGAAAAACAAAUGAGAGUCCCACUAAGCCCAAACCAGAUGGGAUGGUGUAUUGCUGCAGAAUGCUGUGGUAGCAAUGCUGGUUAAGUGUGCCUUGAAUUAUAAAUAAAUCACAGUGUAACCAGCAAAGCACCCCCACACCAUAACGCCUCCUCAUCCAUGCUUUACAGUGGGAACUACACAUGCGGAGAUCAUCCGUUCACCCACACCGCAUCUCACAAAGACACGACGGUUGGAACCAAAAAUAUCAAAUUUGGACUCCAGACCAAAGGACAACUUUCCACUGGUCUAAUGUCCAUUGCUCGUGUUUCGUGGCCCAAGCAGGUCUCUUCUUCUUAUUGGUGUCCUUUUUAGUAGUGGUUUCUUUGCAGAAAUCCGACCAUUAAGGCCUGAUUCACACAUUCCCCUCUGAACAGUUGAUGUGUCUGUGACUUGAACUCUGAAGCAUUUAUUUGGGCUGCAAUUUCUGAGGCUGGUAACUCUAAUGAACUUAUCCUUUGCAGCAGAGGUAACUCUGGGUCUUCCUUUCCUGUGGCGGUCCUCAUGAGAACCAGUUUCAUCAUAGAUGGUUUUUGCGACUGCACUUGAAGAAACGUUAAAAGUUCUUAAUUUUCCGUAUUGACUGACCUUCAUGUCUUAAAGUAAUGAUGGACUGUUAUUUCUCUUUGCUUAUUUGAGCUGUUCUUGCCAUAGUAUGGACUUGGUCUUCUACCAAAUAGGGAUAUCUUUUGUAUACCCCCCCCCUACCUUGUCACAACACAACUGAUUGUCUGAAAAGAAAAUCCACAAAUUAACUUUUAAGAAGGCAUACCUGUUAAUUGAAAUGCAUUCCAGGUGACUACCUCAUGAAGCUGAUUGAGAGAAUGCCAAGAGUGUGCAAAGCUGUCAUCAAGGCAAAGGGUGGCUAUUUGAAGAAUCUCAAAUAUAAAAUAUAUUUUGAUUUGUUUAAAACUUUUUUGGUUACUACAUGAUUCCAUAUGCGUUAUGUCAUAGUUUUGAUGUCUUCACUAUUAUUCUACAAUGUAAAAAAUAAAAUAAAAACCUUGAAUGAGUAGGUGUGUCCAAACUUUUGACUGGUAGUGUAUGUACACACUUUGCAUUCAGAAAGUAUUCAGACCCCUGACUUUGUCCACAUUUUGUUACGUUACAGCCUUAUUCUAAAAUUGAUUUUAAUAGUUUUUUUCCCUCAAUCUACACACAGUACCCCAUAAUGACAAAGCGAAAAAAGUUUUUUAGAAAUGUUACCAAAUGUAUAAAAAAAACAAAUAACUUAUUUACAUAAGUAUUCAGACCCUUACAAUGAUACUCACAAUUGAGCUCAGGUGAAUCCUGUUUCCAUUGAUCAUCCUUGAUGUUUCUACAACUUGAUUGGAGUCCACCUGUGGUAAGUUCAAUUGAUUGGACAUUAUUUGGAAAGGCACACACCUGACUAUGUAAGGUCUCACGGUUGACCGUGCAUGGCAGAGCAAAAGCCAAGCCAUGAGGUCGAAGGAAUUGUCCGUACAGCUCCGAGACAGAAUUGUGUCGAGGCACAGAUCUGGGGAAGGGUACCAACAAAUGUCUGCAGCAUUAAAGGUCCCCAAGAACACAGUGGCCUCCAUCAUUCUUAAAUGGAAGAAGUUUGGAACCACCAAGACCCUUCCUAGAGCUCCAGAGUUCCUCUGUGGAGAUGGGAGAACCUUCCAGAAGGACAACCAUCUCUGCAGCACUCCACCAAUCAGGCCUUUAUGGUAGAGUGGCCAGAUGGAAGCCACUCCUCAGUAAAAGGCACAUGACAGCCCGCUUGGAGUUUGCCAAAAGGCAACUAAAGGACUCUCAGACCAUGAGAAACAAGAUUUUCUGGUCUGAUGAAACCAAGUUUGAACUCUUUGGCCUGAAGGCCAAGCGUCACGUCUGGAGGAAACCUGGCAACAACCCUACGGUGAAGCAUGGUCAUGGCAACAUCAUGCUGUGGGGAUGUUUUUCAGCGGAAGGGACUGUGAGACUAGUCAGGAUCGAGGGAAAGAUGAACGGAGCAAAGUACAGAGAUCCUUGAUGAAAACCUGCUCAGGACCUCAGACUGGGGCGACGGUUCACCUUCCAACAGGACAACGACCCUAAGCACACAGCCGAGACAACACAGGAGUGGCUUCAGGAAAAGUAUCUUAAUGUCCUUGAUUGGCCCAGCCAGAGCCCGGACUUGAACCCGAUCGAACAUCUCUGGAGAGACCUCAAAAUAGCUGUGCAGCGACACUCCCCAUCCAACCUGACAGAGCUUGAGAGGAUCUGCAGAGAAGAAUGGGAGAAACUGCCCAAAUACAGGUGUGCCAAGCUUGUAGCGUCAUACCCAAGACGACUCAAGGCUGUAAUCGCUGCCAAAGGUGCUUCAACCAAGUACUGAGUAAAUGGUCUGAAUACUUAUGUAAAUGUGAUAUUUCAAACAAUGUUUUAUACAUUUGCUAACAUUUUAUAAAAACCUGGUUGAUCUUUGUCAUUAUGGGGUAUUGUGUGUAGGUUUAUGGGGGGGGGGGACAAUUGAAUCAAUUUUAGAAUAAGGCUGUAACAUGACAAAGUGGAAAAAGUCAAGGGGUCUGAAUAAUUUCCGAAGUGUGUGUGUGUAUAUAUAUAUAUCUGUGGAAAGAAUUAAGAGACCACUGCAAAUGUUUCUUAAAUCUGCAUCUCUACAUGUAUGACAGCAAUUCCAUACCUGUGUCUGUUGAAUUCCAACACAGGCACACCUCAUUCUACUGAAUUAGGUACUGAUUAGGUGAUCACAUGAACCAAAUCUUAUUUUUAACGAGGAAAAGUAUAAAAACCACUGCUGUGGUCAUCACUAUCCUCUUGCAAUAGGACCAGCUGGAUGGCAAAAACAGUUAAUAGUACCUCAAAAGUAAUAUUAAUCAAAAAAUAACUACUGACCAUGCCAAAAGACUUGAAAAGGAAAGUUUUGAGUGAGGAAAAGAAGGGGUCAAUCUGGCUUUACUGGCAGAGGGAUACAGUAGGCCACAGGUUGCUUCCAUCCUUAUAAUUUCAAAGACUGCGGUUCAUAAGAACAAGGUCAAGCAGCAGACGUUGGGGACAACAAAGCUACAGACCGGCAGAGGGCGAAAACGACUCUACUGACCGGGAUGACUGCCAACUCAUUCGAAUGUCACUCAACAACCGUAGGAUGACAUCAAGUGACCUACAAAAAGAAUGGCAAACGGCAGCUGGAGUGAAGUAAAUGGCGAGGACGGUUCGAAACAGGCUCCUAGGGGCAGGGCUGAAGUCGUGCAAAGCUAGAAAAAAGCCCUUCACCAAUGAGAAGCAAAGAAGAGCCAGGCUGAGGUUUGCAAAAGACCAUAAGGAUUGGACCAUAGAGGACUAAAGUAAGGCCAUCUUCUCUGAUGAGUCCAAUUUUCAGCUUUGUCCAACACCUGGUCGUUUAAUGGUUAGAUGGAGACCUGGAGAGGCCUACAAGCCACAGUGUCUCGCACCCACUGUGAAAUUUGGUGGAGAAUCUGUGAUGAUCUGGGGGUGCUUCAGCAAGGCUGGAAUCGGGCAGAUUUGUCUUUGUGAAGGACUCAUGAAUCAAGCCACGUACAAGGUUGUCCUGGAAGAAAACUUGCUUCCUUUUGCUCUGACAUUGUUCCCCACGCCAUUGCGCCAAACCACGCCACACAGCCAGGUCAAUCAAGGUGUGGAUGGAGGACCACCAGAUCAAGACAAGACCCUGUCAUGGCCAGCCCAAUCUCCAGACCUGAACCCCAUUGAAAACUUCUGGAAUGUCAUCAAGAGGAAGAUGGAUGGUCACAAGCCAUCAAACAAAGCCGAGCUGCUUGAAUAUUUGUGCCAGGAGUGGCAUAAAGUCACCCAACAUCAAUGUGAAAGACUGGUGGAGAGCAUGCCAAGACGCAUGAAAGCUGUGAUUGAAAAUCAGGGUUAUUCCACCAAAUAUUGAUUUCUGAACUCUUCCUAAAUUAAAACAUUACUAUUGUGUUGUUUAAAAAUGAACAUGAACUUAUUUUCUUUGCCUUAUUCAAGGUCUGACAACACGGCAUCAUUUUUGUUAUUUUGACCAGUUGUCAUUUUCUGCUAAUAAAUGCUCUAAAUGACAAUAUUUGGGAGAAAUGUUGUCAGUAGAUUAUAGAAUAAAACAAAAAUGUUAUUUUUACCCAAACACAUACCUAUCAAUAGUAAAACCAGAGAAACUGAUAAUUUUGCAGUGGUCUCUUAAUUUUUUACAUCUCAGGAGGGAUUUUGUCCCACUCCUCUUUGCAGAUCUUCUCCAAGUCAUUAAGGUUUCGAGGCUGACGUUUGGCAACUCGAACCUUCAGCUCCCUCCACGUAUUUUCUAUGGGAUUUCCAGGACCUUACUGUGCUUCUUCUUGAGCCACUCCUUUGUUGCCUUGGCCGUGUGUUUUGGGUCAUUGUCAUACUGGAAUACCCAUCCAUGACCCAUUUUCAAUGCCCUGGCUGAGGGGGUUCUCACCCAAGAUUUGACGGUACAUGGCCCCGUCCAUCGUCCCUUUGAUGCGGUGAAGUUGUCCUGUCCCCUUAUCAGGAAAAACACCCCCAAAGAAUAAUGUUUCCACCUCCAUGUUUGACGGUGGGGAUGGUAUUCUUGGGGUCAUAGGCAGCAUUCCUCCUCCUCCAAACACGUUGAGUUGAUGCCAAAGAGCUCCAUUUUGGUAUCAUCUGACCACAACACUUUCACCCAGUUCUCCUCUGAAUCAUUCAGAUGUUCAUUGGCAAACUUCAGACGGGCAUGUAUAUGUGCUUUCUUGAGCAUGGGGACCUUGCGGGCGCUGCAGGAUUUCAGUCCUUCACGGCGUAGUGUGUUACCAAUUGUUUUCUUGGUGACAGCUGCCUUGAGAUCAUUGACAAGAUCCUCCCGUGUAGUUCUGGGCUGAUUCCUCACCGUUCUCAUGAUCAUUGCAACUCCACGAGGUGAGAUCUUGCAUGGAGCCCCAGGCCGAGGGAGAUUGACAGUUAUUUUGUGUUUCUUCCAUUUGCGAAUAAUCGCACCAACUGUUGUCACCUUCUCACCAAGCUGCUUGGCGAUGGUCUUGUAGCCCAUUUCAGCCUUGUGUAGGUCUACAAUCUUGUCCCUGACAUCCUUGGAGAGCUCUUUGGUCUUGGCCAUGGUGGAGAGUUUGGAAUCUGAUUGAUUGCUUUUGUGGACAGGUGUCUUUUAUACAGGUAACAAGCUGAGAUUAGGAGCACUCCCUUUAAGAGUGUGCUCCUAAUCUCAGCUCGUUACCUGUAUAAAAGACACCUGGGAGCCAGAAAUCUUUCUGAUUGAGAGGGGGUCAAAUACUUAUUUCCCUCAUUAAAAUGCAAAUCAAUUUAUAACAUUUUUGACAUGCGUUUUUCUGGAUUUUUGUUGUUGUUAUUCUGUUUCUCACUGUUCAAAGAAACCUACCAUUACAAUUAUAGACUGAUCAUUUCUUUGUCAGUGGGCAAACGUACAAAAUCAGCAGGGGAUCAAAUACUUUUUUCCCUCACUGUAUAUGUGUGUGUGUGUGUGUGUGUGUGUGUGUGUGUGUGUGUGUGUGUGUGUGUGUGUGUAUAUAUAUAUAUAUAUAUAUCUCCUAAUAAGCAACUCAUUCUAAAACACUGAGAAAUAUUGACAUUUCGUCAAUCACAAAUUACAUGACCCUCCCCUGGACUAGAUAAAGAAAUUACUAAACCCUCCGCUUUACUGAAAUUGAAAAAGCAUGACCCUCCCCCAUUUUCCUCAAGGUAACCAUUUCUGUACAUUUCGAUCUGUCACUAAGAUGUAUUUUUGGCUGCCUCCAAAACAGGCUGCCGAAGAGAGACGAGCCCCCUUAAGAGCCUUGGCCAAUGCCUGUGUGCCCAAAGAGCGCUGGCAGCCCCAGGAGGGAGAGCCCAGGGGGACCCACCAGAAGACUGAGCCAGAGCGCAGAUGGGUACGCCACUUCUCUCCUUCUGCCAUAGCCUGACCUCCCUUCUAUUCCAUUUCCUCUUCCGUCUGUUCUGGAGUGUAGUCAUUAGUCCAAACAGUAAAAUUUGAGUUUCUAUUGGACAAAUUCAGUGAGGUUCUAUUCAGUUUGCUUCCAUUUAAGAAAUGUUUUGCAACAGAAUCGGCGUAAUGAAUAGACCCCAGCUGCGAGGGCCCACAUUCAAGUGCCUAUACUCAUUGCUGUGUCUCUCACCCCGUUGAAUGCUCUUUCUAGUCUUUAUGCCUCAAGUACGCUUCAGAUCAAAUCCUUUAUUGAAGUCACAGAACAGUAUGUGGAGUCUCCAUAUUAAUGCACUCUUAACAAUACCUUAUGUUUUGACAUCUUAUCCUUCCUCUAUGCCACGCUCUGUGUUAAUUUAAUUGUCCUGCUGUGUAUGUCUGAGCAGGCCUGGAGGCUGCCUGUGUCGACAGACGAUGGCAUUAUCAUUGGCUUCCAUGAGGACGACAGCCCCUCACAUUCAGGUCACUGCAAUAUACUUCUGUACCAAAUAUAGCAUAUAAUUGUAUGUUAGCCUUGUGUCUGUACUAAGUUAACCCUCUCUCUACUAUGGUCAGAUGUAUGUAUGGAGGAAGAAGCUGUGCUGCUCUACCUCCAUGGCCUCCAGGGUCUCUAUAGCCUGCAGGCGUUGGUGCCUGGCCUGCUGCGUCAUGAGACUGAGCUGGCCAUGGAGACGCUGGGGCUUAUCUAUGACAGGAGCUACGCAUGGGACAUCUUCUCUGACAUGAUGGUGAGGGGGGGUGGGGGUGUAAUAGAGGUGGAGCCAUGUAAUGAGUAACCUUGACUCAGACCCAGGGAGUCUUGUUAGAUCCCAGAGUUAAUUCCUAGGCUUUAGCUCACACUCUUGUCGCAACUUAGGAAAGUUGAUCAAGAUUGGGAGGAGGCUUGUAUUAUUAGUCCAGAAUCGCUCUACAUUUCAAUUACAUUUACAUUACAUUUACAUUACAUACAUUUUAGUCAUUUAGCAGACGCUCUUAUCCAGAGCGACUUACAGUUAGUGAAUACCCUUUAUUUUUAUAAAAAAUUUUAUACUGGCCCCCCAUGGGAAUCGAACCCACAACCCUGGCGUUGCAAACGCCAUGCUCUAUCAACUGAGCUACAUCCCUGCCGGCCAUUCCCUCCCCUACCCUGGACAACGCUGGACCAAUUGUGCGCCGCCCAUGAGUCUCCCGGUCGCGGCCGGCUGCGACAGAGCCUGGAUUCGAACCAGGAUCUCUAGUGGCACAGUUAGCCCUGCGAUGCAGUGCCUUAGACCACUGCGCCACUCAGGAGCUUACAAUCACUAACCACGUUUCCAUCCACAGUUUAUAUGUGCGUAGAGUCAUACCGUAUAAUUUUUUAAAAAAUAAAAUCACAACCGCUGUGAUGCAACAGGAUGUUUUGGUACAAUUUUAUAAAUGCAGACAGAUCAUUUGUUCGUUCAACAUGGUGGGAUCUUUUUGUGUCGGCGAGAUAUUGAUUUAGCAACCAUUAACUUUGAGUCACGCGAUGACAUGGUGUGCCAAGACCGGAGUAGGCACAAUUGCUAUUUAACGCAACAGUUUUUGUGACAAAACUAUCGGUAGAGUUUUCGGUACAUGAGAACUUCAGAGAUAAAGUAAAUUUUGUGCACUACGUCACGCACUGAUUUUGAUCUGCAACGAGUCAGUUUGGUGGAAACACCACUGAUGGGGAAUGUGUUUGAAUAUCCGCAUGAAAGUCUUUCGCCAAUUGGAUGGAAACCAAGCUAGUGAAGUUAUUUUGUUAUUCAUUGACAUGGUCUUCUUUUCCAGAGAAGUCAGUUGCGGUUCACCUUCCCCAAUGCAGACCUACCCAGACCAUUCACAAACGCCACCCGCGCCAUUCUGGUCGACUGGCUCAUCCAAGUCCAUGUGAGUUGCCCUCGAGUCCCUCUACUAUUUAUCUAAAAGGAUUUCCUGAUUUAGGAAAUGCGCACUUGACAACAGGUUGACCCUCCAUAGUGAAGAAGUUUUUAAGUAGGUGCCCUUCAGCUUACCUAAGACAAAAUGUAUGUGGUAGAAUUCACUGUGUGCUCCCCAUCACUCCUUCCUUCCUCUUACAGGAGGUUUUCCAUUUCUCAGAGGAGACCCUCUACCUGUCUGUCCACCUCCUGAACCGCUGUCUACACCAGAUCAAGGUGAACACAGCCAAACUGCAGCUGCUGGGAGUGGUAUGUCUCUUCCUGGCUGCCAAGAAAGAAGAGUGUCUUCUCCCUGAGGUAUUCUACAUCAGACCUGGGUCAGAUACAUAUGGUGUUCUCCACCAACGUUUUCCCUCACUGAAGCCAUUAUGCAUAGCUUGGUGUGCAUAAUCAAGUAAGCGUUGGAUAUACAGUGAGGGGGAAAAAAGUAUUUGAUCCCCUGCUGAUUUUGUAUGUUUGCCCACUGACAAAGAAAUGAUCAGUCUAUAAUUUUAAUGGUAGGUUUAUUUGAACAGUGAGAGACAGAAUAACAACAAAAAAAUCCAGAAACACGCAUGUCAAAAAUGUUAUAAAUUGAUUUGCAUUUUAAUGAGGGAAAUAAGUAUUUGACCCCCUCUCAAUCAGAAAGAUUUCUGGCUCCCAGGUGUCUUUUUAUACAGGUAACGAGCUGAGAUUAGGGGCACACUCUUAAAGGGAGUGCUCCUAAUCUCAGCUUGUUACCUGUAUAAAAGACACCUGUCCACAGAAGCAAUCAAUCAGAUUCCAAACUCUCCACCAUGGCCAAGACCAAAGAGCUCUCCAAGGAUGUCAGGGACAAGAUUGUAGACCUACACAAGGCUGGAAUGGGCUACAAGACCAUCGCCAAGCAGCUUAGUGAGAAGGUGACAACAGUUGGUGCGAUUAUUCGCAAAUUGAAGAAUCACAAAAUAACUGUCAAUCUCCCUCGGCCUGGGGCUCCAUGCAAGAUCUCACCUCGUGGAGUUGCAAUGAUCAUGAGAACGGUGAGGAAUCAGCCCAGAACUACACGGGAGGAUCUUGUCAAUGAUCUCAAGGCAGCUGGGACCAUAGUCAACAAGAAAACAAUUGGUAACACACUACGCCGUGAAGGACUGAAAUCCUGCAGCGCCCGCAAGGUCCCCCUGCUCAAGAAAGCACAUAUACAGGCCCGUCUGAAGUUUGCCAAUGAACAUCUGAAUGAUUCAGAGGAGAACUGGGUGAAAGUGUUGUGGUCAGAUAAGACCAAAAUUGAGCUCUUUGGCAUCAACUCAACUCGCCGUGUUUGGUGGAGGAGGAAUGCUGCCUAUGACCCCCAGAACACCAUCCCCACCGUCAAACAUGGAGGUGGAAACAUUAUUCUUUGGGGGUGGACAACUUCACCGCAUCAAAGGGACGAUGGACGGGGCCAUGUACCUUCAAAUCUUGGGUGAGAACCUCCUUCCCUCAGCCAGGGCAUUGAAAAUGGGUCGUGGAUGGGUAUUCCAGCAUGAAAAUGACCCAAAACACACGGCCAAGGCAACAAAGGAGUGGCUCAAGAAGAAGCACAUUAAGGUCCUGGAGUGGCCUAGCCAGUCUCCAGACCUUAAUCCCAUAGAAAAUCUGUGGAGGGAGCUGAAGGUUCGAGUUGCCAAACGUCAGCCUCAAAACCUUAAUGACUUGGAGAAGAUCUGCAAAGAGGAGUGGGACAAAAUCCCUCCUGAGAUGUGUGCAAACCUGGUGGCCAACUACAAGAAACGUCUGACCUCUGAUUGCCAACAAGGGUUUUGCCACCAAGUGCUAAGUCAUGUUUUGCAGAGGGGUCAAAUACUUAUUUCCCUCAUUAAAAUGCAAAUCAAUUUAUAACAUUUUUGACAUGCAUUUUUCUGGAUUUUUGUUGUUGUUAUUCUGUCUCUCACUGUUCAAAUAAACCUACCAUUAAAAUUAUAGACUGAUCAUGUCUUUGUCAGUGGGCAAACGUACAAAAUCAGCAGGGGAUCAAAUACUUUUUUCCCUCACUGUAUGUCGGGUUCUUCCAGACCUCCAAACACUGACAGUGGAAGCUACAGGAGAAGGGCAUUGGGCAGGGUUGUUUUUGGACCAGGCCUUUCUCUAGUAUUCUCCAACCCCCUCACUCUCUCCUCCAGGUGUCUGAGCUGUGCUUCCUCAUGGAGAAUGGCUACUCCAAUAGACAGCUGCUCCGUAUGGAGCGCCGGGUCCUCACUGAGCUGAAGUUUGAGCUUUCCCACUGCUCUCCGCUGCACUUCCUGCUCCUCUCUGCCUCAAUCGCCCACUGCAGCGCCAAGGUGGGUGAAUCCUCAACACUUUAACCCAGAGCAGAGUUUGGCCAGGUUUUAGAAUGGAUGCCAUGUUGGCUAUUUAUUCUCUAAAUGUUGGUGAUGUAACAAUAGGAGUGCCUCUGAGAGUUCCCUAUGAAAUGACAGAGCAGUGCAUUUAACAGAUGUUUUAUUGUUUAGCAUUCAGGAUAAUGUGUAUCCAAGUUGGUGCCGUGUUGUGAUGUCAACAAAUUGCAUAUCUGCCUUCACUGGACAUCUUCAUAGGGAUUUGAAACUUUCAGAAAUGAACCGCACAAUGCGGAAGCGUCAAUUAUCACUUAGCAAGUGCUAUGGAGGAGAAAGUGGCGCCCUCAAUGUUCAGACAGAAACCACAUUGGCCAAAUGACCCCUUGAACCUAGUUGCUAGUCAAGCUGCUCAUAUUAUCAGGUCCACAUGAACAUGUUAGUAAUCUUCUGAGAUGUGCAGCACAACCGCAAUAAAGACAACCUGGAACAUCCCCUUUACUCGUCUCUACGUGCAGGUGGUGUGGAUGGCCCGUUACCUGCUGGAGCUCUCUCUGCUGGAGGGACAGUGUGUGGUGUUCCUGGCUGCCCACCUGGCUGGUGCUGCCCUCUGUCUGGCUCGCAGGGUACUGCAGGAGCCCCCCACCCCAGAGGGAGAGACUGCCUGGUGUGUUGCCUCCAGUAUCCAUGUAGGCAGGUGAGGAUAAGCUCUUUCUUGAUUGUCCCCCCCAAAAAAUAUCAUUGUCUCCACACUGAUUGCAAAUCUACUUGACAUAUGAUACCCAAUCAUUUUCACUAUCAGACUUUGAAGUGUAAUGUACUUCUUCUGUUGUCUUUUGACGCCACCUCUUUCUCCUGUCUGCCUCCUUCAGUGAGACGACCCUGCUGAAGAUAAUGCUCAUCCAGGCAGGGGCUGCAGCCCGGGCCCAGAGCAGAGAGACCCGCGCUACUUUCCUCAAGUACUCCACAGCAGGGACCAUGCACGUCAGCAGCCACCCGACCCUGCUGAGUGCCCCCUGUCUGCUGGGCCUGCCCACUACACACACUUGAAGCCCCACAGUAGCCUACACAUGAAGAGGAGAGUGGGGUGUGUGUCACUGUUUUUCUAUGGGAAUGGGCCAUUGUAGGAGGAAUGAGGAUUACUUUAUGAUGAAUUCAGGGAGGCGGACAUCCUAAUUGAGGACUGACUAGCAAAGGGUCCCCUACAGUCACCUUUUACCUCAGACAGACAUUUCAUAUUGUAAACGAGCAAGCUUGAGAUGAGAUGAAGGCUUGCGAGAAUACAUUUGACCCACCACAUCAAGGAGAGGUGUGAGGGGGAGGAAGGGGACAUCAAUAUAAUAUGCAGUACUGAACUGACUUGUCUGCCUGUUCUGGACUGGCCAGUGCCACAUUUAUUUUAUGCUCUUAUCUUGGAUCUAAUUGUGAAUCAAAAAAUAACAAGUUUUGUCUUCCGAUGACUGUCAGUUUUUUUUUUUACUGUUUCUUGUAAAAUGUUGGGACAAAGCAGGCUUCAAUUGUUUAAAUGUGACAUGGUUUAUUGGAACUUUUUAAUAAUGUUAAAUAAAGUUGUCUGCUGCUAAAUGUCAGUCUGCUGGCAUUUUUUGUAAGAUACCUCUAAGUUUCUGCCUGCCCUUAUUCAUAUAGCCUGGCUAUCUAGCUGAUGCUGUCUGGUCAGAAAGAGUAUGACAUUGUUGCCGCCCAUAGCAUUGAAUGCAAGGGAAUCCAGCGAGCAUUUGACCUCCCUUGAUAUAUUUUUAAAAUAAAAUAAUAGCCAAUCAGCAUUGUGCUAAACUGAGUGAGCUCAGCUGUGAAUGGUCCUGGCACACAAAAACCUGUCAAGGGAAGCCAGUUUGGAUUUGGCUUGAGACCAAUCACAUCAGAAGCCAAACAUCAUAUACAGCAAAAAAACGUUCAUUGUUGCAUAUAUUUGUGUCCUUGUCCUCCGGUGGCUAGCUAACUAAAAUCAUCCCUUUCCUAAAUUAGCCAUGGACAGAGAUGGGUAUUUGGUCUUGUGGUUUUACUUAAUUCUCAGUACUGGCCAAUGAUGAUAAUGGUGAUUCUGAUACAACUAUAAAUUGAUACAUUGUGCCUCUGGCCUGAGGGAAUGGAAGUUCAACAUGUAGCUAGAUGUAGUAUGCUAAUGUUAACUAGCUGGCCUGGCGCAUCAUUGCCAAUGAAAGGAAGUUAGGCUAGCAAACAAGCAUUUUAGCCAAGUAGCCUAGGACAACAAAAACUAAAAGCAUGUACUGUAUGACAGAGUCAUAGACCGUUUAGGCAACAUGAAAGAUGAUGGCAUUGGCGUUUCUCUACAAGUAGGGUGAGUCAACAUGUUUUUCUACUUGCACGCGCACACACAGAAAUCUACCAUGGACAGCCACUUAUUUAACUUAGGUUGAUUGGACUAAAUCGUUUUUGGUAUCUUUUAGUUGUCACUGUAUUAGACUAAGAAUAGGUGAUUAGAUUAUGUUGAAGUUGAAAUUGUGCUGGAAUAGUGGAGGCGGCUCCUAUUUUCUUUGCCACUUGCGGUAACUCCGUGGUUCUAAAUCAAUAGUUGUUUGUAGUCCGAAAAUUUAGGAAACAUUAACUUGCUUGACCAUGCUGUAGGUCAUGUAACUGUUUGUUACAUGCAAUAUGUUUUGUGGACUUCACCGGACAGAUGUUGCUCUCCAGUUUUGUAAUGAAACAAAUGUGUGGUUGAAUUUAUUCUGCCACUGUGUCUUCGUAUUGUCUCGGCCUUAGCCUAUAUAUCACAGUGUCAAGGCAUAGUAACUAACAGGUUAUAGAGCAAACAACGCAAUUAUCACAACACAGGUUGUAAUAAGGCUUUUUUGGUGGGGGGUGGGGGGGGUCGCUUUGCUUACUCGGUGCCUUUACCCACGCACUGCUGCUGCUUGCAGAACUGCGCGCUACGGCACUGGUAACGCCUCGAUCACACCGAUGGUACUAUUGCGUAAAAUGGGACGCAGCAUCAUCUGGAUAUGUGUGUUACAAAACUUCGACAUCCACCUUCUGCUACCAUUUCUGUCAAGCAGUCUAUGAGUACAGUUUGACGCAUACAUUCGAUAAAUCCAACGUCUGCACUACACAGAACGCACUGCAACUGCCGCUGCAAGGCAAACGCAGCGUUCCAUUGGAAAUGACUACUUCUGGUGUAGCAAAAUGCCAGACACUACCCGUGUGAUCGAGGCGUUAUGAUGUCUAUAGUCUCUCUGUCUGUACCAACCGUGCUCGCGCUGCUUGCAGCAUGUGCUCAUUUGCCUAACCCCGCUUUCUUUGGCUCUGCUCACGUGCGCGAACAGAUCCGUGGCAUUCAUUGGCUGAGAAGCAUUCUAUACGUCAUAUUUUGCCAUAAGAGAGCCAUAUGGACGAGUUGUGGACCAGCUGACUGAUGAACUAUGGCACAUUUCACAUCUGAGAGACACGUGAAAUGUAGCAAUUCCUAUUCUCCCAUAGGGAAUGCUAGAAAUGUAUUUUAAAAUCACACCAUGCUGCCCUAUUGGUCUCAUCUCAUUAGUCCAGUCAACAGGCUGUUAAUUUAGUGUAGCCUAGUCUAUAGCAUAACAAGUCCAGUAACCCAAUGAAACAUGGUUUAGAAAUAACAUAAUAGUUUUGUCCCUAUAGAAUUAUGUAGGAUCUCUGUUAGUUCUUAUGAUAUUCUGUCCAAACAUCAUGACUGUAUUCACACCUCUCUUAUUCAAGUCCUGACGUUCUCAUGCAGUCACUUCAACACAGAACUCAUGCGGUCCCACCCCUACACGUGCCCAGCAAACUAAGUAGUAUUUAUUAUGCUAAAUCCUCCCAGAUUGGGUCUCGAGGGCAGCGCACGAGCAACUCCUUAAUAUCGACGGGAACAGUUUGUAAUUCCAGCAAGGGGAGGGUCGUCACUAAUUACCACAGCCACAAAGUCAUAAACCACCCUGAAAAUGUCUACAAUGUAUCUUCUUAAAAUGUGAUUUUAAACCUAACUUUAACCUUAACCAUACUGCUAAACUUAUGCCUAACCUUAAAUUACGAACAAAAAGCUAAUUUUUGUUUUCAUGAAUCUUUACAAUAGGCCUAUAACCAAUUUUGACUUUGUGGCUGUGGCAUCUAGUGGAAACCCGAGGGGAGGUCUAGGAAGCGGGGCCAUUUUCAGGUUGGGUACCGAUGAUCAAUUUUGGGACUGGGACUUGUCUUUAAUGAACUAACCGUUAGACUACAGGUAGUCUUCACAUCCCGGCAGCUAGUUUAUCAAUUGAAUGAGAUAGAUGUAAUAUAAACGCAGCGAUAGACGCGCAGAGAAGACAUGACAUAAGGAAAACGUUGAAAGAUAGAGCUAGAAAUGAGGUGCUCUAGUCAACAACAAGGCGAGGUGGAGCGAUAUUCAAGUGACGUGAACCACCAGUGGCAAAGAGUCUAAAUUAUUAUUGGAGGUAAGCUGUUGGUGAUUUUUUUUUUUUAUACUUUGAGACUAAGACUUUUAAAACAAUUUCAUGUGAAAAGUGCACUGACCCAAGUUGCUUUAUGUGGACGUUUUGACUUGAUUUAAACCUGCUGACCAUGCUUAACAGGCCUUUUUUAUCCACUAUUAAGAAGCAAAUACAUACAAAUUUGACAAAUAUAGUUUUGUCAUUUUCUUUCUUUGAUUUAUUUAUUAGGCCUAAUUAUUUCUGAUUUAUUUCGUGCGUUUUGUAUAUGGCGUUUGUUAACGUGUACUAAAGCAAUGGUUCCCAAGCAGGGGUACUAGGACCCCUGGGGGUACUUGGCCUAUCCACAGGGGGUACUUGAGAAGACUCAUGAGACCAUAGGCUUACUGGUAAAAUGCACAUUAGGGGGUACUUCAGGGUACUCCAGGCUGAGCAAAAAUCAGUUGGUGGUACAGUAACCGAAAAUGGUUGUGAACCACCAUACUAAAACAAUAGAGCAAGUGUGUCUGCACUGCAGAAGUUGUGAUGUUACAUAAGGGGUAGGGGAGAAGCCCCGGGUUGUGACAGCGCACGUUUGAUACACAUCAUGCACGUUUGUCCUAGUGGCCCUUUGUUUACAAAAUAACACCACAGAAAGUUACCUAUAAACAAAAGCUUAGCCAGAACGUAAUGAAACCUGCCAUUGGGUAUCAUCAUGUACAAGAAAGUGUCAGUUCUCAGGGGCCUAUAUAGAUGCAGAACAUGACUUUGUGCCCCGCUAAAAAGCUUGCGUUGCAAAUAGAUUUCAUUUAGUCAGCUAUUGUUUAUUACAUCGAUUUUUAACCAAUCAUUCAGCUUUCAAGUCCCAUGGCUGACUUAAAGCUCUUCUCCAUGAGACAAAUGUGUUUUCCUCAACAGUUGAAAUUCAGCUGACAGUGUGUGUAGUCUAGUGAUCAGAACAGAAAGGAUGGGGUCGAUCGGGUCAGACUCAGGGUGGGGUUUGAGCUGUCAUUGAUUUUUCUUUCUCUUGUCCUGGACAUAAGAUACUGUCACUCAAAGAGAGAAAAUGUAGAGAUUGGGUAAAGAGAGAGAGAUGGAGGGAGGAGAGAUGAAAGUGUAUAAACAUGCCUGUCAGAAUAGGGUUAAACGAUAGGGUCGCACAGUGUUACAUAAAGAACUGCACCCGCUCUAUUGCUCUAAAGACUUCCCCACACACAUAUACAUGUGCUAAAUCACUUCUGAAUCUCUCAUGAUCAUUUGUAUGUUAACCACCAUGAUUUACCAUCUUCCAUAACAUGGUUAGUGUGCCGUCAUGUCUGGUGAUGUUUCAUGGUGAUGUUUGAUUAGUGGGUGGAUGUGAUAUUAUCAAACACACACACACAUAGCCCCCACUCCAUCCUCCCGACACGCACGUACAGCCCACACACACGGGACCCUGAUGUGUCUAGGAGUGAAGAGGAGGAGCCAGACAAAGGGAACGGGGCUGUGCAGGGAGAAGUGACUGAGGAGGACACAUGAGGGAGGAGGAGCUAAAUCUGAGAACACAUGUCAGAGAGGUGGAGCUCAGGCUGCUGAUUAUGUAUCCAGCAGCAUACAAAAUAAUAUGUUAUUUCAAACCACAAACGAAAAACUCCUCACUCGAUAAUUUUCCCUUGUACUUGGAGCCAAAGUGUUUAUAUUUUUAUGACAGGAGCUUUUUUUAAGUACCAUAGGCCUAUGCAUUUUAAAACAUAUUCCAGGGAAAUGUUACUCAAUGGUGUGUAUUUGGUUCUCCAUCAGGGCUCAGUAUGCCUCUGGAACAGGAUUGUCUAAGUGGGCGAGAGCCACGUGCAUCCAGCAAGAAUGCCAAGGACAGGAGCAACACUGGCACCCUACUGGCCUCAAGGAGUACUGCAGACACAGAGUCCAUCGGAAGAGGCUCUCGCUGCAGCUCUGAAAAAGAUUCUGGAUAUUCCGGUGAGGGAGAACGUUCCGGACACUCACUCGCCCCAAAACGUGUCACCCACCAGCCCCCUCGCUCUUACUCACUCAUUGUGAUUUCUGUAAACUCUCACACUGCCAGACUCCCUCAUGAAUCAUGCCACAUGCUCACACAUAGGCCAGGCAGUGCAACCAAUCAGCCAGAAGUGUUGUAUUUCUAUAUAGAGAAGGACACACGUGUAGUCUACAUGCACACUGGCCCUCUACUCAGUAGGAUUGCUGAUAGAAUUCCAUGAAUUCCUUCACGAGGAGUACUAGAUUACUGUCCUUGAUGAUGUGUGAGUAUGGCCUCACAGGUACCAGUGGGAAACUGUAUAAAAGGAAUCAUGUGUCACAUUUCUUGUGAGGACAGUUCCCAUCCCCCUGUAUUCCCGUUCAAUCUGACUGUAUUUCUUCAAUUCUUUACACUCAACUCUUCCCUUAACCUGCUUCUCUCUCUCUCCCCCUUCUCUCUCUCCCCCUUCUCUCUCGCCCCCUUUCUCUCUCUCCCCCUUCUCUCUCGCCCCCUUCUCUCUCUCUCUCCCCUUCUCUCUCUCCCCCCUUCUCUCUCUCUCCCUUUCUCUCUCUCCCCUCUCUCUCUCCCCUUCUCUCUCGCCCCUUCUCUCUCUCCCCCUUUUCUCUCUCUCCCCUUCUCUCUCUCCCCCUUUUCUCUCUCCCCCCUUCUCUCUCUCUCCCCUUCUCUCUCUCCCCCUUCUCUCUCUCUCCCUCUUCUCUCUCGCCCCCUUCUCACUUUCUCCCCUUCUCUCUCCCCCUUCUCUCUCUCUCUCUCUCUCUCUCUCUCCUCUCUCUCAUCUCUCUCUCCUCCUCUCUCUCUCUCUCCCCCCCCCUUCUUCUCUCCUCUUCUCUCUCCCUCUCUCCCCCUCUCCCCUCCUCGCUCCCUCGCCCUUCUCCUCUCUCCCCCUUCUCCUCUCCCCCUUCUCAUUCCUCCCAUUCUCUCACUCCCCCUUCUCACCCCUUCCGUCUCUCCUCCCUCCCUCUCACCUUUCGUCCCCUCUCUUCCUCUCCCCCCUUCUCUCUCUCCCUCUUCUCUCCCACCGCUUCUCUCUCUCCCCUCUCGUCUCUCCCCCUUCUCUCUCUCACCCUUCCUCUCCCUCCUCUCCCUCGCUCCCUCCUCCCGGCCUUCUCCUUUCUCCCUUCUCUCGUCGUCCCGCCGCGCCUCCCUCUCUCUCUGCCCCUCCCUUCUCCUCUCUCUCCCUUUCUCUCUCUCCCUCUCUCUCCCCCUCUCCUCUGUCCUUCCUCUCCCCCUUCUCUCUCUCUCCUCACUUCUCUCUCUCCCCCCUUCUCUCUCUCUCUCUCCCCCUUCUCUCUCUCCCCUUCUCUCUCUCCCUCUCUCCUCUCCCCCUUCUCUCCUCUCCCCUUCUCUCUCGCCCCUCUCUCCCUUCUCUCUCCUUCCUCUCUCUCCCCCCUUUCUCUCCUCUCCUUCCUCUCUCUUCUCUCUCUCCCCUUCUCAUCUCCCCCCUCUCUCUCUCCCCUUCUCUCUCUCUUCUCCUCUCCCUCUUCUCUCUCUCUCCCCCUUCUCUCUCUCUCCUCCCCUUCUCUCUCUCCCCUCUUCCCCUUCCCUUCAGCCACUUUCCCCCCUCUCUCUCUCCCCCUCUCCUUUCUAACCUUCUCUCUCCCCUUCUCUCUCUCCCCCUUCUCUCUCUCCCCCUUCUUCCUCUCCUUCAGACAACAACAGCUGUACAGACUGGCUCCAUGUGGAUGGAGAGGACCAGGGCAGCAGCGUGAGUGAGCCCAGGGGAAGGGAGGGUCUUCAGGGCCAGGUCAAGCCCGAGCAGGCCCCUCUCCAGGGGAACCACAUCCUGGUCCCCAGCCCCAGAGGCCCUGACCGCACCCCCAUCCCCAUCAUCAAGAACGUGGUGUUCAAACAGGUGAGAGAGGUAGGAGACAGGCUUGGGGUCAAUUCCAUUUCAGUUACAGUCAAUUGAGAAAUUAAACCCCAAUCCCUGGUGGGAGGAGGGAAAUGGAGGAGGAGAGUAUGAAACUGGGGAAAAACAGCGUAGGAGUUGGCCAAUCAUAGGACAGCAGAACUAAAAGGAGAGAAAUAGAAAGCAGAAAUAAAUGUGGAGGAGGAAGAGGAGGUGACAGGUGGAAGAGGAGGUGACAGGUGGAGGAGUUGACAGGUGGCGGAGGAGGAGGUGACAGGUAGAGGAGGAAGAGGUGACAGGUGGAGGAGGAGGAAGAGGAGUUGACAGGUGGAGAAGGAAGAGGAGGUGACAGGUGGCGGAGGAGGAGGUGACAGGUGGAGGAGGAAGAGGAGGUGACAGGCGGCGGAGGAGGAGGUGACAGGUGGAGGAGGAAGAGGAGGUGACAGGUGGCAGAGGAAGAGGAGGUGACAGGUGGAGGAGGAAGAGGACAUGACAGGUGGAGGAGGUGACAGGUGGAGGAGGAAGAGGAGAUGACAGGUGGCGGAGGAGGAGGUGACAGGUGGAGGAGGAAGAGGAGGUGACAGGUGGUGGAGGAGGAGGUGACAGGUGGAGGAGGAAGAGGAGGUGACAGGUGGCGGAGGAGGAGGUGACAGGUGGAAGAGGAAGAGGAGGUGACAGGUGGAGGAGGAAGAGGAGGUGACAGGUGGAGGAGGAAGAGGAGGUGACAGGUGGAAGAGGAAGAGGAGGUGACGGGGACAGAGUGUGAGGGAGACAGGAAGAAAGCAGCUUCUGAAUCAUCUGAAAAUGAGUUGUCUGAUAAAUGUCACAGUGAGCCAGGUCAGAACGACUUAAUGGUUUUAGGGAGGUAUUUGAUGGCACCAUAAGACUCAUCCUUUUUCACAAUCCUCUUACAGCAAGUCCCGUCAAAUAAGUUGCCCUUUUCUUGACCGUAUGUGUUAGUACGAGGAGUUGCCUGUCUUUCUCUCAUCUUCCCUUUAUCUUUCCUUUCGGCUUCAAUUACCCCCCCCACACACACAUACAGUAUAACCUAUUUUGGUUCAACCUUUUUAAAACUCUCUCCGUUUCCACUUUUCUUUAUCCUCUUUCAGAAUCAGAAUCAUCUUUAUUACAUUUACAUGUACCAGGUAUUUAACAAUCUCUCUCUCUCCUCCCAGUCUGUGGUGGUAAAGAAUGGCUCAGACCAUCACUUCCAGAACCAGCUGAACUGGGAGAACCGAGGAAGAAAUUCCAACGACUCUGGCCCCUGUCAUGUGAUCCUGGUCCAGCAGCCCAGUGAAGCCUCACCCUCACCCGCAUCCCCAAAGCCCCACAGAACCCAGGCCCGGAGAGCUGACAGCACAGCCAGGAAAACCAAAAGCAGAACCUACCUGCCCAUUCUUAAGUCCUACCCACGUAUCGCCCCCCAUCCCAGCAAGAAGCCCUCAGACAAGACCCCAGUGGACUCCCAUGGCAAGGGGACUGGCAGUGAGGACCAGAGCCAGAACAAGAGGGAUGAGGUGUCCACUACUACUCACUUACAGACGCCAUCCAGGCAACACAUCCGCAAGCAGCCAGACCCCAAGAGAACCUUAUCUCACUGGAGGAGCCCUGCCUCCUCCCACUCCCCCAGCCCCCGCUCUCCAUCUCCCUCUAGCCUUUCCAGCUUUGGCGCUCCCUCUUUGUCCAGCUCUGACACCUGCAACGCCUCCUCAUCCUCCUACUCCUCCUCCUACUCCUCUUCCGGUGGCUCCUCUCCCCUCCCGGCCAGCAGAUGGCCCCGCAGACACGGUCCAGGCCUGUCCCUGUUCAGUGCAGCACGCGACAGGUGCUUCCUGAACACGGUGGGCAUCCUAAGCCAGUCAGGCCUGCUUGACAUCACACUACGCACCCAGGACCUCCUCCGCCAGAGCAACGCCACAGACCAAGUCAUCGCCCAGCUCCGCCAGCACACCCAGCUGCUGUACCAGGCCGCCAACAACAACAACAACCCCAAUGCCAACACAGCCAGCGCGGGCUGGGAGAGGAUACACCAGGCUAUGGCUCAGUCAGGCUGCUACCCCAGCCUCAAGAACCUGGGGAGUGAAGAGGAUCACCACAGUUAUAGUCCAGAGCCAGGAGUGGGAGGGGACGCCAGUUUCAAGAGGGAUUCGGUUGGCUCUAAUAUCAACACUCAUACCCACAAUUGGGUGCAGGCUCCGCCCCCGGCCCUGCCCCUCCUAGCCCCCAUGUCAGAUCUGCUCCCACAGUACUGCCCUGUUUCCCUGUCACAGCAUUCUCCAGUCAGCGUCACCACAUCCCUCUCUCACUCUGGGCAGGCCAGUGCCAAACCCCCUGAGACAGUCACCAUCAUGCCCCCUGACAGUUCCACCCAUGGGGGUCUUCUCUAG